AGCUCGGGGCCUCGCUGAGGAGGGGUCCUGAAGGGCGGGCAGGGCAGAGCGCAGCCAGACGCAAGAUGGCGGCGCUGGGGAGGGCGGGGGCGGCGCUGCUCCUGCGGCCUGCGCGCGGGGCGGGGGGGCCGGCGCUGGGUUACCACAAAAAGGUGGUGGAUCACUACGAGAACCCGCGCAACGUCGGCUCCCUCGACCGCAACGCGAAGAAUGUGGGCACCGGGCUGGUGGGCGCCCCGGCUUGUGGGGACGUCAUGAAGCUGCAGGUCGAAGUAGAUGAGAACGGCAGGAUCGUCGAAGCUCGCUUCAAGACUUUUGGCUGUGGGUCAGCGAUCGCUUCCAGCUCCCUGGCAACAGAGUGGGUUAAAGGGAAGACGGUCGACGAAGCGUUAAAGAUCAAGAACACGGAUAUUGCGAAAGAACUUUGCCUUCCUCCGGUCAAACUGCACUGCUCCAUGCUGGCUGAGGACGCAAUCAAGGCCGCCUUGGCCGACUACAAGCUGAAGCAGCACCCAAAGAAAGAGGAGCCGGAGCAGAAAGCCAACUGAUGGGGGCUGCGGGGGGUUUCUCCUCCUUCCUGCUGGAUUUGCGGUGCAAUCACUCGAGCUUUCGUGGAACCCCACACACAGCCCGGCGCUGCUCCUGCAGCCGAACUGGUCUGAAACCCUCCGAGGGAAAGGGACUGCACCUCCCUGAGAGCCAGCCCUGCCGCUGUGGGCUGUGUUUUUGGGGAGGAUGGGGCGUUUUGCCUAAAGUUUUGCAGAGUUGAGUGGGAAGCGUUGCCUUGCUCUUCUUCUUCCCGCGAGAGCCGCGGCUCGGGGUGCGUGUCGCUGCGGCGCGCGGCUCCUGGGGGGGUUUGGUUGCUGCCUGCAGCUCUCGGAGCUUCCUUUCACCAUCUGCGACCCCCCCCGACGCCUCCCCCUGCGCCCAGCUCCUCUCCAGGAGGCACCGAAACGCCUCGAGGGCGAGAACUGCGUGGGGAGCACGGCCCCGGGAAGCCCCAACCGGGCCCUCGGGGGCUUCUUCCUUGCUCGUUCAUCCCCGGGGAGGGGAUUGGGGUUAAUUGGGAAGCUGUAAUUAAAGUGUUCAACCCUCA